UGAAAACGAUUCAUGUUACUACAACAAGCGUGCCUAUCGUCCGGCGCUCGUAUCGGCGCAGCGCAUGACAGCGAGGAAUGACCAGCACCUCAGCGGCCCCUGGCGCCAGCGAGCUGGGCCAAGCAGAGCCGCCAAGAGCCUCAAGACUCGACCGCUGCACGCCGGAUCCUCCACUCUGGCUGAUUCCAAGACCGUAAGCGAGCGAGGAGACACUACGGGGCGGGACGGCAGGCUACAGCGUGGGAUCUUCGCAGGAACAGCGGAGCGCGGAACGUGAUAUGCAGGCCGUCUGGCGGUUCUGGAAGGUUGCUCGGCCUGGAGUCGAGACAAGCAGCGGACAACGGACCAUUCCGCGAGCGUGCAUUGUCAACCUCAAGUGCGCGCGAGCGAGGAAGAGCCGACGCGAUCGUCUGCAGCGCCAGCGCCAGCGCCCGGCCAAGUCUCACCUCACCCUCAAGCGGCCACGCUGCCGGCUGCUUAUCAGCGGGAGACUUCGGCGUCGGACAGAAAGCCAGCCUUUGUCAGACGACGACAGGGUCCUUGCUCAUCGCCUCCACUGUCGAACGUCGUUCCAACCAUACAUGUACGAACGCCCCAUACUUUAAGAACAGAUUAUCUGCUUGGCAAGAGGCUUGAGUUUGCCUGUCAAGACGCUUUGUCUCGGCCACGAGUGGAUCUUGUCCCGAUUCCUUCGCUCUCUCUGUGAGCGCACGGUUGGCCGACGCGCUGCCCUUAUCUCGCCAAGCUCUCAGUACCCAUCUCGCCGCUGUCUCUGGGCGUGCGAUGCAUCGUGGUCCGGUGCUGGUAGCGAGGCGGGAAGCUUCGACUACGGUGGAGACGGAUCAGAAAUGGAAUGUUUGGGGAAGGAUGUUGCUGGGCAAAUGUCCCAAUGGUAAUAUCUAUAUCAGUAGCUGGGCCCCUUGACAAGAUUGUGUUCUCUCCGAACAUUGUGGUUGAAGUCUGUUCCUUCUUCAUCCCGUUCCUUUCCCUUCGUCUUCUAUCUAUUUUGCUUCGUUAAUCAGGUCCCGAGCCGACCUUGGCCAAAAACAUGGCUACCGAGACAUCAGCUGCACCCUACCCAGCGGUUCCGACCUUUGAUCCCGCUCAUCCCAAUGGUGGCGACUCUCUGGACGUCGACGUGAACGCCCAGUAUGCCGGUGUUGAGUUCCACUAUACAUAUCUGGUUUUUUGCGGCUUCAUCGUCUGGCUGAUUAUCCCUGGUAUCGGCCUGCUCUAUGGCGGUCUCGCGCGUAGAAAGAGCGCUCUCGCGCUACUCUUCCAGUCCAUCAUGGUUGCCGCCGUCACCACGUUCCAGUGGAUGUUCUGGGGCUACACCUUGGCCUACUCUCGCACCGCUGGUCCUUUUAUUGGCGACAUGGCAAACUUUGGCAUGAAGAACGUCAUGUCCGCUCCAUCUCCAGGCAAUCCAAACAUUCCAGAGAUCGUCUUCUGCUUGUACCAGCUUCUCUUCUGUGCUUGUACCGUGCAGCUGGUCAUCGGUGGUAGCUUCGAGCGUGGCCGUAUUUUGCCAUCCCUUGUCUUCGGCUUCUUCUGGGCCACCAUCGUCUACUGCCCAAUUGCUUGCUGGACCUGGAACUCCAAUGGCUGGCUGUUCAACCUCCCGUCGCUUGACUUCGCCGGUGGUGGACCUGUCCACAUUGCCUCCGGUUGGGCUGCUCUCGCCUAUGCUCUCGUCCUAGGCAAGAGAAAGCACGUCGGUGAGGCCUCGCACCAGAAGCCACACAAUCCGACCUUAGUCUUCUUGGGCACAGUCCUCAUCUGGUUCGGCUGGUUCGGCUUCAACGGCGGUUCUGCGCUGAACGCUUCCAUUCGUGCCAUGGCUGCCGCCUUCAACACUAACACCGCGGCUUCCACUGGCGUUCUCGGUUGGGUUAUCGUCGAUUAUAUCCGCUUCAAGGGCAAGUUCUCUGUCGUGGGUGCUUGCUCUGGUGCUAUCGCCGGUCUUGUUGGCAUCACACCAGCUGCAGGUUAUGUCUCGCCCUGGAUCGCGGCUCUCAUCGGUUUCCUUACAGCCAUUGUCUGCUCGUCAGUUCAGGACAUCAACAAGUGGCUUCACAUCGACGAAGGCAUGGAUGUCUUCAAGCUCCAUGGCAUUGGUGGCAUGUGUGGAUCCUUUUUCACAGGUAUCUUUGCUCAGCAAUGGGUCUCUGCCCUCGAUGGUGCCACCCUCGCUCCUGGUGGCCUCGACGGUGUUGGUGUACAAGUGGGCAAGCAGUUCGCUGAGAUCACUGCUAUCUCGUCGUACUCCUUCGUUGUCUCAGCUCUUCUCCUCCUCAUCCUCAAGUACAUACCUUUCAUGCAUCUCCGUGUCUCUGAUGAGGCCGAAAUGAUGGGUCUGGAUAUCGAUCAGUUCUUCGACGAGCAGAUUGGUGACUGGUCUGCUUUCGAGCAGGCCGCCCCUACUCUUGUUCACGGCAAGAGUCAACCAGUCUCUUCCGCUGGCAGCACCCACGACGCGGAGCAUGUCAAGGAGACUACCAAGACAGCUUAGAGGCUGAACAAAUUGUUCGUGGUGGACACGUGCUUGAAGGCUGGGUUAGCUCUGUGAUGCUAAUCUUCAAUGAUACCUGUCAGAAUGGAAUCUCAAAUUAAUUCAGAG